UUAAAACCACCAUUGAAGACAUAACCAAAGUAACUAAACCAGCAAUGGAUCAAAUUGUGCACAAAUUCGUACAAGUCAACGGAGUGAAGCUUCACUUAGCUGAAAUCGGCAACGAGUCAUCACCGGCGGUGGUGUUCGUGCACGGUUUCCCGGAAAUAUGGUACAGUUGGCGCCACCAGAUGAUCUCCGUCGCCGCUGCGGGUUUCAGAGCUAUCGCUCUCGAUUGCCGAGGCUACGGCCUCUCAGAUCCACCUCCAGAUAUCAACAAAUUUGGAUUCUCGGAUAUCGUCGAGGAUAUUCUCGCAAUCAUUGAUUCGCUCGCCAUUAAUAAGAUUUUCAUAGUUGCGAAAGACGCUGGGGUAAGACCAGCUUAUGUGUUUACGCUCCGGUAUCCAACGAGGGUGACCGGAGUUAUAGCGCUCGGAAUACCGCAUACGCCGUUCGGGAGCCCGAGGUAUCUCACUGAGCUGCCGGAAGGUUUCUACAUCAAUAGAUGGAGGGAACCUGGAAGAGCUGAAGCUGAUUUUGGGCGACUUGACGUGAAAACCGUUGUACGAAACAUCUACAUCUUGUUUUCCAGAAGUGAACUUCCGAUCGCCAGUGAAAACCAAGAGAUUAUGGAUAUUGUUGAUGCAUCAACCCCCUUACCUUCGUGGUUCACGGAGGAGGAUCUUUCGGCCUACGCAGCUCUAUACGAGAAAUCUGGUUUUCAUAAUUCGCUCAAAGUUCCUUACAGGGUGAUUGAAGAAGAAUACGGCAUUGAAGAUCCUGUAAUCAAGAAUCCGAUGUUACUGAUCGUAGGGGAGAAGGAUUAUUUCUUGAAGUUUACAGGAGUCGAAGAUUUCAUAAGGAGCGGAAUGGUUAAACAGUUUGCAUCCGAUUUGGAGGUGGAGUAUCUGCCUGAAGGGGGCCAUUUCGUUCAAGAACAGUUUCCGGAGAAGGUAAACCCGCUAAUAAUCGUGUUCCUCCGUAAGCAUUGUUGAUCAUAAUCCGAUGGGAGAUCCGAUAGGUGGAAGUUUGGGUUCGUUUCGUUUGAAUAAUGUAGGAUUGAUAUCAAAGCUACCUAUGUAUUGUGAGUUGUUUCAUUUAUGAUGUUAUUUAGUACUAUGUGUUCUUUGGUAUGUUCUUUGAUUGAAUUGUGAAUCAAAUUGUCCCCUUGACAUAAAAAAUAUUCAUUUGUUUGAUGAAUGUUA